GAAUCGUUGGACGGAUCACAGUCAACCGCGAUCGACCACGGCAACCACUACCGACAACAACACCGUCGAAACUACUCUACACCACAUUAUACUCUCAAGAAUUUUCACUCACACGACAUGUCCGCAACACUGAUUGUAUUCGCGGCUUUUGCCGUGGCCUCCACCAUGGCUGUCUACAAGGAGCCCGCUUACCCCGCGGCUGCACCAUCCUACUCAUCGCACGCGGCACCAUCCUACUCGUCGCACGCUGCACCCGCCUACUCGUCCUACCAGGCUCAUGGCUACUCCGCCGCCCCGGCUUAUCGUGCUGCUCCGGCUUAUCCAUCGUAUUCGGCAUACCCAGCUGCACCAGCUUACCCAGCCGCACCAGCCUACCCAGCCGCUCCAGCCUACCCAGCUGCUCCAGCCUACCCAGCCGCUCCAGCCUACCCAGCUGCCCCAGCCUACCCUACCUACCCGGCAGCACCAGCCUACCCAGCCGCACCAGCCUACCCAGCAUACCCCGCCGCACCAGCCUACCCAGCAUACCAAGCCGCUCCAGCUUACUCGGCAUACCAAGCAGCACCUGCUUACUCGGCGUACCAAGCAGCACCUGCUUACUCGGCAUACCAAGCAGCUCCGGCUUACCACGCUGCUCCCGCUUACAGCAAACCAGCGGCAUACCAAUCCGCACCCGCUUCUUACAAACCAGCUCAGUAUUCAGCGCCCAAGCAGUACGCUGCCGCCGCCGCCCCGUCAUCCCCGUCCCCAUACAACUUCCAAUACAGCGUGAACGACGCUCACACCGGUGACGUCAAGAGCCAGAGCGAGUACUCUGACGCCAACGGUUACGUCAAGGGCACUUACAGUCUGGUGGACGCUGACGGUAGCAAGCGCACCGUAGACUACACCGCCGACGACCACAGUGGUUUCAACGCUGACGUCAAGAAGGAGGGCGGAUACGCCGCACAGUCGUCGUCGCCGGCCACAUACAAGCCCGCUUACUGAUGGGCCACGACUGCGUCACCUGAACGUCGCUCACGUCGUCCACUUCAUAAUAUCAUAAUAUUAUAGCAUCAUCGAUACACAUAAUAUAAUAUAUAUGAUUAUACCGCGUUCCGAGUGCGGUUAUCAGUUGUAACCGUUGUUGUGGUACACCACAGAUGUGAUUAUGCGUGAUACAUUGCUGUCCUCUUACUAUUAAUAUUAUCAUUGUUAUGUGUUUUUUGUAAAUAAAUUUCAUACGUAUUGUAACGAAUAAAA